UUGAUAACUGUCAACUAUCUAAUCAACCGACUUGUCAUAAUCAUACGAAGAUUGGAAAUUGUUACCAAUGUUCCACAACACCUUGUGUUCAUUUGUAUGCUCAAGUUACACCGUGUACAAGAACACAACAGUCUACUCUCGCUGACUCAGAAAUGAAAUCUAAUAAUAAUAAUAGUGUCUAUAGUUCAAAUUAUAUACGACCACCGAUCCCAGUCAGAGGUUAUGAUCAAACAGAUAUUGACUUAGUGAAUCAAAUAAGAAUCUCAUCUCGUCAAUUGGAUGUUACAACACCAGAUCAAUCGAUUGAUCAUCAUGAUGUUGAAUCACGUAGAGUUCUUACAGAAACAAAUUAUCGUCGUAUAAAUGUCUGUGAAUCGUUGGCUAAUCUACGUUCACCAGUACUAUGCAAUAGUACAAAACAUAAUUAUCAUCAAUGUUUUGAUGAUUCCGAUACUAAUCAAGAAUCUUCCGAAUACGAACGUAUUUAUUCGAUUACUUCCACGGAAUUGACGGCAAGAAAUAUUGUUCAAUUAGUUUCAACUGAAAAACAAAAUAAUGAAACAACCAUCUCACAUGAUAACAAUAAGCUAGAAAAUUCUUAUACAGAAAUAUCAAGUUCCAUUGAUGAUUUAGCUACUUAUUCUCAAGUGUAUUAUUCCACAGCGUGUGGAUCAAUUGAUUUUCCUAUUGUAAAAACAACUGAAUCAUUCAAUAUGCACAAUUCUUCAUGUUCUCCAACAGUCUUCCAUUCAAAUUCACCUGACCAAAAUACUGAUAAUAAAUCUUAUCCUUAUGGUGAUGAUGUAAUCAUUAAAGAGUCUUGUCAACAUAAUGAUUACAAUACAAGUAAUCAUGCUAGUUUAAAUGAUAAAAAUCAACCUAUUUUAAUUAGUAAUCAGUCAUUAACUCCAUCGCUAUUAUCGGAAACAGUAGUUUAUAGUGUAACGGAAUUGCAUCCAUCUAUAUCAUCUAAUCUAAAUGAUAAAAUGUUAGCUGAAAUUCAAGCUUUUCGUCAUAUGGAUAGUGAAUUGGAUCUUACUCAAUCUACCAAAUAUUUUAUGGCGAAUAAUUCACAAACUGAAACACGUCGUUUAUCAGAUUCAUUCAUGGAUGAAAGUGAAGAGGAACAGAAGACUACGGGUGGCACAUUACAAGUUGUAACACAGUCAUUAUAUAACCAAAAUCAACGUGAAGACACUGGACUAAUGACUCCAUUAAUGGAACGUUCAACAGAAGAUUGUUCACGACUGUCAACAAUUCAUCGAACUUAUUCAAAAGCGAUUAAAUGUGAUGGUCAAUCGUCUUCAUCAUUAUCACACUCAACAAUUUUAUCACCAUCUUCUUUAUCAUUAUGUAAUAAAUCAAUUAAAUCACCGGCAAAUUAUUCAAUAUCUGAUUUCCCUUCCUCUGCGCCUCCCAUUGUUGUAACAGUCAGUGGUAAUUGUAGUGUUGCUCCAUUUGCACGUGCUGAAUUCUCUUUCAUCUCUGAUCCUUCAGCCUAUGAUGAUAUUGACAAUCUUUAAUUGAUAUAUACAACUACUAUAAUGUAUUACUCUAAUAGCACCAUCACCAUUACUACUAAGUUGUAAUAAUAAGAGUAGUAUAUGUGUCAUUAAUCGAAAUCUUUUGAAAGACAUUUCUAUUUUAUUGUAAAUAAUCACCUUUAUUUAUAUUUUCACAAUCAAUCAAUCAAUCAAUCAGACCUUCAUUUCACAAUAGUUCCACAAGAAUGUUGAUCGCAUUUAAAUUGAAAGAAAAGAUUGUUUGUUUGUUUAUUUAUAAAACACAAUUCUACUUUUUAUAAAAAAUUGAACUUUACCCUGAUUUUUCAAAGAAAAAAUAAACAAACAACUAGUUUACUCAUUUAGUUAUCAGUUAGAUAAUUUUACGAUUAAACAAGAAAGCUAGUUUGUGUAUGUGUGUGUGCUUUUUUUGGAUGGGAGGGGGACACGAGGGUCCUCUCAUUCAAAUCUCUUCUAACAAUUAAUAAUCUAAUUAUCAGUUGUUGUUUUUUUCUUUGUAAAAUGAGAAUGAUUUAACUAUCGAAUAUAAUCCAAUAAAUUGUGAUCAUUAGAUCGUCACAUUAAGUGAAUUCAACGUUAUUUAGUUAAGAUAAAUGUGUUGGUUAUUCUUACCGGUGAUAAUCUUUUAAGCAAUGAACUUUGUCAGAUUUGGUAUCUAUGAUAUAGAAGAUAAGGAAGUUCUGCUUUUAUCACUCUCUCUCUCUCUCUCUCUCUCUCGUUCCGAACAUUCCUAUGUAUACUAUUGCUGUGAGUUGGAUUUGUUUACGUAUAUACAUAUUCAUUCACAUCAAUCUUAUCUUUGUGUGUGUGUAUGUUGUUACGCAUUUGCUUAUUUUCAUAAUAACAUUUUGUUAUCUUUAGCAUCAUUAAUAAUUUUCUGUUUACUUAUUUACCGGAGAUUUUAUUCUUUCUAUUCAUAUUGUCCCCGUGUGGAUAACUGAUUCGAAUUAUCUCUACAAUAUAGUUUUUUUCUUUUGUAACUGUUAUCCAUUACUUACUUAAUAGUGUUGUUAGUAGUGAAGUUUUCUUAUUCGGUUUCAUAUCAUGUGUUUGUGCCAUUUUUGGCUUUAUCCUACUUAAGAAUGAUUUCAUUAUCUUAAUAACUUUAUUGUAUGUAUUCACAUCUUAUAGUUAACGUCUAUAUAUUUUUGUUGUCUAUCUGUAUACGUGUUAUUUGUUUGUAUUUUAAUAAUUUUUUUUAAAAAUAAAAAGGCU